AUGGGACAUUUCUCUUAUGAAUGUUGGUUCAACAAAGGAAAGUCUCUCAAGAAGGACCACAACAAGGAAGCACAUCUGGCGAAGGAGGAGUCAGACACAGAACUCGUGAUGCUUAUGGCUACGACAUCUACAGCAAGUUACGAACCACUAAAUCAAGAGAAACCAUCUUGGUAUCUAGAUUCGGGAUGUUCGAAUCACAUGACCUGUAAUAAAGAUUGGAUGAUUAACAUUGAUGAGACGAGGAAAAGCAAGGUGAGAGUGGCGGAUAACAGCACUUUGCAGGUUGAAGGUAUCGACAAUGUAGUUGUCAAAAGGAAGAAUGGAGCUUUUGUGAUAAUCAAGAAUGUUCUUUUGGUUCCAGAAAUGAAAUGUAAAUUGCUUAGUAUUAGACAACUGGUAGAAAAUGGGUUCACUAUGACUAUGGGUAACAAAGGACAAGCAUAG